AUGGCGGAGCGUGUUUUGACUCGCGUUCACAGCCUUCGUGAACGAUUGGAUGCAACUCUUGCAGCUCAUCGCAACGAAAUUUUGUUGUUUCUGUCGAGGAUUGAAGGCCAUGGAAAAGGAAUUCUGAAACCUCACCAGCUCCUUGCUGAGUUUGAAGCAAUUUGCCAAACUGACAAAGAGAAACUGAAGGAUCACGCCUUUCAAGAACUUCUCAAGUCCACACAGGAAGCAAUUGUGUUGCCACCAUGGGUUGCACUAGCUAUUCGUUUAAGGCCUGGUGUCUGGGAAUACGUACGUGUCAAUGUUAACGCUUUGGUUGUCGAGGAACUGACGGUGCCAGAGUAUCUGCACUUCAAAGAAGAGCUUGUAGAUGGCCCUGCCAACGGGAACUUUGUUCUUGAGUUGGAUUUUGAACCAUUUACUGCAUCUUUUCCCAAGCCAACCCUCACCAAGUCCAUUGGCAAUGGAGUUGAGUUCCUUAAUAGGCACCUCUCUGCAAAAAUGUUUCAUGACAGGGACAGUAUGACUCCUCUUCUCGAUUUCCUCCGAAUGCACCACUAUAAGGGAACGACAAUGAUGCUGAAUAACAGAAUACAGAAUCUAAAUUCCCUACAAUCUGUUCUGAGAAAGGCAGAGGAGUAUCUCUCAACACUUCCUCCUGAGACACCAUACUCAGUCUUUGAGCACAAAUUCCAAGAGAUCGGAUUGGAGAGAGGCUGGGGUGAUAAAGCGGAGCGGGUAUCAGAAAUGAUUUCUAUGCUUCUUGACCUUCUUGAGGCUCCUGACUCAUGCACACUCGAGAAUUUCCUCGGGAGAAUCCCUAUGGUUUUCAACGUUGUUAUCCUUUCUCCACACGGUUACUUUGCUCAAGAAAAUGUGUUGGGAUAUCCCGAUACUGGUGGCCAGGUUGUUUACAUUUUGGAUCAAGUUCCUGCCUUAGAGCGCGAGAUGCUUAAACGUAUAAAGGAGCAAGGACUUGACAUCACCCCUCGCAUUCUCAUUGUGACUAGAUUGCUUCCAGAUGCAGUUGGAACCACUUGUGGCCAACGGCUUGAGAAAGUAUUUGGAACUGAGCAUUCACAUAUAAUUCGAGUCCCCUUUAGAACUGAGAAGGGAAUUGUUCGCAAAUGGAUCUCUCGAUUUGAGGUGUGGCCAUACAUGGAGACUUUCACUGAGGAUGUUGCAAAAGAAAUCACCGCAGAGUUGCAGGCAAAACCAGAUUUGAUUAUUGGAAACUAUAGUGAGGGUAACCUAGCAGCCUCCUUGCUGGCUAUCAAGUUAGGUGUAACACAGUGUACCAUUGCUCAUGCACUCGAGAAAACGAAAUAUCCGGACUCUGACAUUUAUUUGAAAAAUUUCGAUGAAAAGUAUCACUUCUCGUGUCAGUUUACUGCUGAUCUUAUUGCAAUGAAUCAUACUGAUUUCAUCAUCACUAGCACAUUCCAAGAGAUAGCUGGAAGCAAGGACACUGUUGGGCAGUAUGAGAGCCAUAUGGCAUUCACAAUGCCUGGACUCUACCGAGUUGUUCAUGGGAUUAAUGUGUUCGACCCCAAAUUCAAUAUCGUCUCUCCAGGAGCCGAUACAAACCUAUAUUUCCCAUAUACGGAGAAAGAAAAUAGACUCACAGCACUCCAUCCUGAAAUUGAGGAGCUUCUUUAUAGUGAGGUCGAGAACGAGGAGCAUCUAUGCGUGCUAAAAGACAAGAAGAAGCCGAUUUUAUUUACCAUGGCAAGAUUGGACCGUGUGAAAAAUUUAACAGGACUUGUGGAAUGGUAUGCCAAGAGCCCGAAGCUUAGAGAAUUGGUUAAUCUUGUUGUAGUUGGUGGUGACAGAAGAAAAGAAUCCAAAGAUUUGGAAGAACAGGCAGAAAUGAAGAAAAUGUACAGCCUUAUUGAAACCUACAAUUUGAAUGGCCAAUUUAGAUGGAUUUCUUCACAGAUGAACCGAGUGAGGAACGGGGAACUCUACCGUUACAUUGCUGAUACCAGAGGCGCAUUUGUGCAACCGGCAUUCUAUGAGGCCUUUGGUUUGACUGUUGUUGAGGCCAUGACCUGUGGUUUGCCUACUUUUGCUACGAUCCAUGGCGGUCCAGCUGAGAUCAUCAUCCAUGGAAAGUCGGGUUUCCAUAUUGAUCCAUAUCAUGGCGAACAAGUUGUUGAUCUCCUUGUCAAUUUCUUCGAAAAGUCCAAGAAGGACCCUUCUCAUUGGGAAACCAUUUCAAUGGGCGGCCUUAAACGUAUCCAAGAGAAGUUCACAUGGCAAAUUUACUCAGACAGGCUAUUGACACUGGCUGGAGUUUAUGGAUUCUGGAAAUACGUCUCUAAGCUUGAUCGUCUUGAGAUCAGGCGCUACCUUGAAAUGUUUUACGCUCUCAAGUUUCGCAAGUUGGCUGAAGCUGUUCCACUGGCUGUUGAAUGA